AUGAAGCUCGCCUGCGAUUCACUCCCGCUUGACGAGCGCCAGAACCGCGUUCAACUCGUACUUUCUCCUCGCACAGGCAUGCUCGCCGUCGACGCUCAAGCUGGCUCACUCGUCAAAGGCUCGCGGUUGAUACCCUUGCUUGCGACCGCGCUCAACUGGCGAGUGCGUCGGUCUCCUUUCAAGCUGUCCACCAAGUCGAGACCCUUUGCUUCAACAAGAAGAACGGAACGCACACGCAGCGUCGUCGCGGGAGUUCAAGAUGGAUACGACCGACUCGAAAUCCGCUUCGACGCCUCAAGCCCAUCCCGUUCCAGGCUCGCCUUCUUGUACCGCCCCGCCUUGCGCUGGAUUUGCCUCUUCCAUCAGGUCAACACCAGGUCUAGCUCGAAGGGGGUCCUUCGCUCAAAUCUCGCAGAACUUGGGAUUCUCUGCGGCUGGUGCCGCGUCGUCAAGAGUUCGCACCAAGAUGAUGUACCCGAGAGCCUGCAACAAGAUGAUCUACCCCGGCUGACAAGGGCGACAUUGACGCACCCAGACUCGACUGGCUCGAUUCGCCGAAACAGGUCUCCCCAACGCCUGCGUCCGCAAAGCAGAGGACGCGCUGUACGACAAUAUCGCUCUCGACAACUCACAAGAUGGGCUGUUGGCGGUCUAGCAGGCGGCAUGCGCGGCGGAUGA